AUGGGCGCCCGCCCCUCCUCCGACUCCUGCCGCCCCAGCAGCAAGCAGCGCGAGGACGGCAAGGCUGUGCGCAGCGCUCUGAUGCAGCAGCCGGGGCGGCUGUCGCUCGACAGCUGCUACGACGGGAGCACACUCGAGGACUUGUGCUGCAGCCCGCUCAGCGAGGACGGCUUCAGCCCGCUCAGCCAGGACGGCCUGAUCCAGCAGGACGACGCCCUGGCGCUGACCGCCUUCAGCGACAGCAGCGCCUGGCAUGUCGAGGCCGGGUUCUCCGCCACCAGUGCCGAUGAUGCGUUGCAGGGGCAGCGAUUUGUUUCUGAGCCAGAGGAUGUCGCAGCUACGAUGGGGGAGGUGCAGCUGGGCGGCGUCAUUGGGCGCUGCGCACGCACCCUGAUCUAUGGCGGCACGUGGCGCAACCAGGCUGUGGCGGUCACGGCAACCGACCACGCGCUGCCAGACGGCCUGGCAGCAGUGCGGCUGCUGCACGCUGUGAGGCACGUCAUGUGCAGCCCGCGCCUGGAGCACCCAAGCCUCGCCCGCGUUCACUUCUGCGCCGUCGAGUGGGACACCAGCUCAGGCUGGGGUGAGGGCCAGUGCUGCGAGGGCAGCCUGCACGGUGGCUCCGAUGGCGUGUGGGCGCGGCACUGCCAGGGCGCCAGCUCUCGCGGCCGGCAGCUGCUGGUCUGGACCGUCUCCGAGCGGAGCGACUUGGGCAGCCUGGAUGCGGCCCUGCGGCUGGCGCGGCUGCAGCGGCAGCCUCCCCGCCUGCCCGCCAUCCUACACACGGCGCACGAGGUGGCCUCCGGCCUGCAUCACCUGCACACCCACCACCUGGCGCACGGCCAGCUGUCCAGCGCCAGCGUGCUGCUGUGCAGCGCGCCCGACGACGCCCGCGGCUUCGCGGCUAAGAUCAGCAGCACCAGCUACCUGGCCUGCCAGGCGGCGCGGCGCAGCUGCGGGGACACACCCCGCAUGGACAUGCUUGCCACCACCGCCCCAGAGGUGGCCCUGGCUGGGGAGGCCCCCUCCCCCGCCUCCGAUGCCUACAGCCUGGGGGUGCUGCUGUGGGAGAUGUAUGCCGGCCAGCCUGCCUGGGGGCUGCGGCCGGCGCAGGUGAUGCGAGACCUCGUGCGGCAGCGCCCCGCCCUGCCCUUGCUGGCAGGGUGCCCGCCGGCCUUCCAGGAGCUGGUCAGCGCAUGCACCCACCCGCAGGCGGCAGCCCGCCCAGCCUUCCCGGCCAUCCUGGCAUCCCUCCAGGCAAUGCUGGCCCAGGCAUGA